GUAUACGUGGGAGAAGGGACUGGAGAGGGCAGCAAAGUCAUCUCCCCUCCACUUCUGGGAGUGGAAGCACACCAAAACGCCCACCAUCGUCCUUCCAACUCGCAGCAAGGAGCGAAGGCUGUUCCGAAGGAUCUUCACUGGAGGUACUUCAUGGCCGUAGGAGAGGCUGGAGCGACUCUAGGAAAGAGAGUGCUGAUCUUAUUCCUAUCCGACAGGAGCAUGUUCCUGGAAGUUGUCACGGCUGACCAGGGGGGGUUUCACUUCCAGACGACUUGUCAAACUUGGGAUCAUGAGCUGGACUCCACCAACACGGCCCACGUGCAGAGGGUGAACAACGAGGGAUCUUUCAACGCGACCUCCUGGCACCUCCCCCAUGUGAUCGAGAGGCUGUCGAGAGACGAGGCUGGGACGGUGAGAACCUGGCGGCUCUUUGGCAAGGGGGAAGGAGUGGAGUGGAGUGAGCUGGGCUCGAGGAAAUCGAAGCGGUCAGCAGGCCCGCAGUUUCACUCGUCCUUGCAAGGGUGGUCGUUCUUGGUCGACUUCAGCGAGGCGGACGGCCGAGGUGACAAGUUCACAACAGUCGUCCUGAAGAACCAGAAGGGCCUGACUGUCUACCUCGUCCCUGACGGGUUCAUCGUACUCGGCUCGCGGAAAGCUGUCAGGGCGCGAGGACAACUCGCGAGGGUUGUUGCUCAUGAGGAAGCGGAGACGGAGAUAGCCACCUUGAAAGUGUCAUAGUAGUGAGUAAAGAUGUGAACUGCG